AUGUGGGCCCCGCUGACGAGGCAGCUCCCAGCGCUGCUCACGCUCGUUGUACCUCUCGCGCAACUGCCGCUCUCUUCAGCGGCCCCGAACUGUCCACUGAUCGGUCCAGAGUUUCCAGCACCCUACAACCUUGAAUCACAUCCAAUUUGGAAGGCGGCUGUUCAAAACAUCACCAAUGUCUUCCAGUACAUCGACGACACCAAUCUCACUGGAGUAGACCUGUUUUCCUAUUCAUUGCAGAUAUUCUCAACAAACCCAGGGUCUCCUAUUCUUUGGGAGAGACAUCGGACGGCGAAGGAUUUACCGACCAACACUACUGGUGUGAAGAAGGUAGAUGGUAACACUGUGUAUCGCCUGGGCAGUGUAACAAAAGUGUUCACCGUGCUCACAUUCUUGGCUGAGGCUGGUGAUGUUUACUGGAACACCCCCAUCACCAAGUUCAUACCCGAGCUAGCCAAGUUUGAAGGUCGCUCGAGCCAGCCAGACUUUGAUCCAGUUAGAGAGACUGAUUGGGACGACAUUACCAUUGGAUCCUUAGCCAGCCAGGUGUCUGGUCUUGGACGUGAUUGUCUGGAUAUCAUGUACCCGUCCUACGCACCAUGGCAGACUCCAACGUACUCCAACGUAGCUUACCAGCUUUUGGCUUACGCACUGGAAAGAAUAACGGGAAAGAACUUCACGGACAGUCUCAACGACCGUAUCAUCAAGCCUCUGGGCCUCAAUCGUACCUUCUACGACACGCCACCGGACAAGUACGGAGUCAUUCCAGGAACAGUGAAGGAUACCUACUGGGCUGUCAGUCUUGGUCAGGCUUCACCUGGUGGUAAUAUGUAUGCGUCCGCAUCCGAUCUGUCCAAGCUUGGUCGUGCUAUACUGUCUUCAAAGCUAAUCAAGCCCGCCUUGACUCGUCGCUGGCUCAAUCCUGUCACCUUUGCCUCUGAUUUCCUCGCAUCUGUCAGCAGUCCAUGGGGAGUUCGCCGGAUUCAACUCGACAGGAUCAGUCAGCCUCAUCGAACAUUGACUGUCUACACCAAAGCUGGCACAUUCAAGCGAUAUACGGCUUUCAUCACUCUUCUCAAGGACUACAACUUGGGGUUCACCAUCAUGAUGGCGGGCAACCCACCUCUGAGCAAUUUCUACGGUGCAGAUCUUCUUGGACAGAGUCUCAUUCCUGCAUACGAUGCCGUGGCAAGAGAUGAAGCAGACAGAACGUUCAGCGGCACCUACGUGCAGCGCGGUGGUGUCAAUGGUACACGGAACUCAAGCAUCAGCAUAUCCACAUCAGCCAGCAAGCCUGGCCUCGGUAUCUCAAGAUGGAUCUCUAACGGAACGGACAUGCUUAGCAUGGCGCUGGUGCUCCAAUCAGGAAUGCCUGCAAACCAGCUCAGGAACCCCGAAGCACGCCUGUACUACACUCUGCUUGACAGCAAGACGGCCAAUGGCACGCGUCAAUCGUUCAAAGCUGUAUUUGAGGAUACAGGAGGCCCGGCAGUUGGACAGCAACUUUGGAGCACCGACUGCGGAGCAUGGGUUGGCGUCACUGGUGUCACUUAUGGCAGUAUGCCGUUGGAUGAGUUCAUCUUUGAGCGAGAUGCGAGUGGUAACGUGAUCAGUGUGGAGAAUCUGGCAUUACGAGCCAAGUAUUGGAAAGUCAACCAAGAGGCUACCGGGCCUUCUGGAGGUUGGGCAUGGGAUGGAGGGAGGUGGAAGGUAGCGAGGAGGUAAAAGGUUGG